AGUCGACAGGUAAGGAUCAAAACCACACCUUCCGAGUUUAAUAGAACCAGGUCAAAGUCAGAGAAUUCAAGGCCACCAUGACCAUCGAGCUGUACGUUGAUCUGAGAUCCCAGCCAUGCCGUGCUGUGGUCAUCUUUCUCAAGCUGACGGGUAUUCCACAUGAGCUUAAAUACAUCGACAUCUUUGCGGGCGAGCACAAGAAGCCAGAGUUCGCGGACAAGUUCCCACUCCAAACACUUCCAGGACUGAAAGAUGGCGAUUUCUACCUCGGUGAAAUGGUGGCUAUAUUCCAUUACCUGAUCAAUAAGCAUGCCGACAUGAUUGAGGAUCAUUGGUACCCUAAGGACAUGAAGUCCCGUGCACGUGUGGAUGAGUACAUCGCCUUUCAUCAUACAGGCACUAGGGGCAAGUGUAUGGCACUCUUCGUGGCUGAGGUAUUUGCUCCUGUUCCGGAUCAGGACAAAAUCAAGACUGAGGCAGAGAAUCUCAAGCAAGGUUUGGACAAGAUCGAGAAGUGUUUCCUGAAAAAUAAAUACUUCCUCUGUGGCAAGCAGAUAUCUAUCGGUGAUAUCAUGGCUGUUUGUGAGCUCGCGCAGUUCACCGUCCAAAAUCGGGACAUCUUUAAAGACAACCUCCAGAUGAAGGGGUACAUGAAUAGAGUGAAGGCGUGUCUCCAGCCAGCUUUCGAUGAGGUCAAUGUUAAGUUAUGUGAUUGGAGAGAUUCGCUCGCGAAGUAGACCUUCCGGAGAUUGAGGUCAUGUCACGUUCUGCUUCUGAAAACAAAUCCUCAUUACGUACUGCCACCAUUAAAGAUUCUAUGUCCCUUUUGCAGCCAACAUCAAAUUAUGUAGAACUUUGCAGGAAUUAUGGAUAUGUCAUGUCCUAUCUGUUUAAUUUAAACAUUAGCAGUUUCCUAGUAUUCAAAUUAUGCAAGGAAACCUGUUUACCUUCUAGACUUCGCUGCCAGACACUAUUGAGUGACUGACUGACAUCUUUUUUUCUUUGGUAAUAAAAUAGCUAAAAUGAGCUGUAACAGGUACAUAAGCAUUUUGUCUACAUCAAUAACCCAUUAUUUAUAAAGGCCAAAAUUAAACUGAUUGAAUCUUUGUGCAGCACAACACAUACGACCAUUCGGUAAAAGGGUCUGAAAAUCAGACUAUUACUUAGAUGAUUGCAAUCACUUAAGUCGAUUCGACAACUAAUGGUCCUUAUUUUUCCACAAAAACCAUUGGAAUUGAACCUUUUGGCUCAGUCAGUAGAGUGUCCGCCUCACAACCGGGAGGUCGUGGGUUCGAACCCCUGCCGCGUCAUACCAAAAGACGUUAAAAGACGGGAGUUGCUGCUACCUUGUUUGGCGUUUAACAACAAGGAAUAAAGCAACGUCGAUUUGGCGCUGCUCAAAGCUGCCGGGCUCACGAUCAAUUGGGCAAAAAGAAUUUCCAAUUUCUGUUUAACUUAAUAAAAUUUAGAGUGGACUUUAAAAGAUUAUUAUUAUUAUUAUUAUUAUUUUCAUUUGUUUGGCCUGCAAAUGGGACAUAGAACCUUCAAGACCCGUUUCAUUUUUAUAAAUGGCGAAGUUCCAAAGCUAAGCCCACCGUAAAGGCUCAUUCAGAUAUGACACGGGAUUUUUUAAGUGUAGAAGAAUGGCAACUACGCGCAACAAAAGACUUGCGCGUAUCCAUUGAACUAUGUGUUAUAACAUGCAGAAAUGUGACGCGUAAUGCAAUUUACGGCAUCGUAUAAAUAAAACAAAAAUCCGCGGUUUUGUCGUUUCAUAUCUGAAGGGGUCAAACAGCGUAUUUUUAAUAAAAUUAAAGUGCUAUGACUGGAUUGUGAUGGAAAAUGGUCAGAUCUGGGAUAUUCAUAUACUACUUUGUGUAUUUCCAGUAAAUUUAUUUUUAUAAUGGCAUUAUAUUUAUUCAGUCUCUUCCCAUCUUCACUCAACCAAUGUAAUCUUAAUUUCUUGGAGGUUCUUCUUUUCAUUUUGUAUUUCCAGUGUAAAAUACAUGUAAAACAAAAUAAAAAUGAAAUAAACUUGACUUGCAUGAUAACAAAUAAUAUCGAUAAACAAAGUAGGUUGUUACAAUUUGAAAUUGGCAUCAUUUCGAUUGCGCUAUUACCUAUACUCGUUCGUUCGUUCGUUCGUGUCUCCUUAGAUCAAUAUUAAUGUACAGUUCCUAAAUAAAAUACAAUUGAAUUACCUGCACUAACAAAGCCUGUGAAGGAAAAUAGCGCAUGGGCCAAUAAUUCGACUUGAUGGAUCCUGCUGACGCAUCAAAUGACAGAUCGUGUGCAGACAUGUGUUAUCCAGUAGACAAUCAGACAUCUCCAAAUUUCACUUGAAUUUCGCAGACAAUCUUAAGUUUAUAUUGUAAAUCCUUAUUCUUUUAAUCAAUAAAGUCUAUAAUUGAAGGAAAA